CGAGUUUCUUGGUUCUGAGCAUGCGCGGUCAGAAUAAACAAACUUCCAGGAGAAGUAUUGUUUACGCUCACUUCCUUUGAUCCACAGAAAAGAAGACGGGGGAGAGGACAUGGAGAAAGAGGACCCGGAAGCGAUUGGACCACUGUCUCUUGAGAGUAAAGUCCCAGCAACAGUGGUGUUGCUCUUAAGCUCUCAAGAGGAAGACAUUCUAGUAAAAGCAAGUGAAGCAAUCCGAAAAUUUGCUGAGAAAGGAGAAGAAAACAGAGUUAGACUGCUGGGAUUAGGAGCCCUUGGACCUCUCUGCAAACUUAUUGAUCACAGCAAUGAAGUGAUCAAACGCAAUGCCCUCAUGGCCGUGGGAACUAUGGCCACCAAUGGCGAAGUCAGCGAAGCGCUAAAAAAAGAGGAUGUCAUUCCAUUGCUUUUACAAAAGCUCACAGCUGAAGGGGAUGUUAUUGUGCAAGAGUUUGCAACACUGAGCCUUGCUUCUAUGGCAGCAGAUUUCAACUGCAGAGUCCAGAUCAACACCAACGAUGGUAUGCCACCUUUAAUCAAACUCCUCAGCAGCCCGGACCCAGACGUCACAAAGAACUCAUUGGAGAUCAUCUUCAACCUAGUUCAGGACCUCGAGACCCUCAAGGUUCUGCACGAGUUAGGUGCUAUCCCCCCUCUUCUGGAGCUCCUUAAGUCCGACUUUCCUGUCAUUCAGCACUUAGCCUUACAGAUAUUUCAGUGUGUCACUACCGAUUUGGAAACACAGAAGACCUUCAGGGAGGAGCAGGGAUUUGAGAGGUUCAUGGAUCUUCUCGAUAAUAUGGCGCUUAAUGACCUACAUGCUGAGGCCUUGCAAACGGUGUCAAAUUGUUUGGGUGAUAUGGAGACUCUUCAACUCAUCCACAAAAACGGAGGGCUUAUAAGGCUGAUGGAGUUUGUUCUCGCACCAAGCAGUCCUGAAAUCCAGUGCAUUGCAAUCAAAUGCAUCACAAUGGCAGCUCAGAGUUCUGAAAGCCGCGACGUUCUCCACAAGCAGGAGAUCGAGAAAGUUCUAGUUGAGCUUUUGUCUGCGGCUGAUGACAACGUAAAAACUUCUGCCUGUCAGGCUAUCGCAGCCAUGAGCUUAAAUCCUUGCUUCAAACACAACUUCAGAGAUUUGGAGGGCAUCCCCCCUGUGGUGCAGCUGCUGCGUAGUGAGAGCUCGGCACUGAGAGAGGCAGCGACUCAGGCUCUCUCGAGCCUCACACAUUGCAACAAGGCCAAUGCGCUUGCAGUGUAUGAGGCAGGGGGCCAUCAGAUCCUCAUCCAGCAGCUUUCUGAAAGCUCUACAAGCACAGUGGCCAGCUCUGCUGCCACUCUUUGUAAUAUGGCAGAACAGGAGAUCAUCCAGUCCAGCAUCCUGUCACAAGGAGGCGUACAGGCUCUGGUUGAACCCUUGCAGUCCACAGAUACACAGGUCCUGAUGUACACUGCCCUGUGUGUGGCAAAGCUGGCCUGUAACAACGAAGAAAGGGAAAAGUUUCACAAAGCUGGAGGCCUUGAACCACUCGUCAAUCUGCUGUAUUCCAAAGACAAAGAGCUGCUGAAACAUGCGUGCUUGGCCGUGAAUGUUUGCGCUCGGGAUACAUCUUGUGCUGUGAAGAUGUGCAAACUUGGGGCCCUGGAAAUACUUCAGAAAAUCAACCAGUCAGCAAACCGUAGUUUCAGCGAGUUGGCCAUUACCAGCCUGCUUAACUCCAACUUGCCUGUUAAAUACAGCCGGAUGGGAUGUUUGACUCCAAAUGACAUUAUUACAAGCGGCUUUUAUGAUGUUGGGAAGGCUUUUCUGGGUCAGCCAUUUCUGACUUUGGAGGAGUUGAUCAACCAGCCACUCAAUCAGAAGCGGGAAAUUAUUGCUUUCAACAUCCCAAUGGAAGAGACAGUAGAUCUAGCAGAAGAGAGAAAACCCAGGCCAACAGAAUCACUAAUUGCCAAGAUAGUGGAUGAAAUAUUAGGACACACAAUAUCAAAAAGGCAAGAAGAGGAAGACAAUCCCGAUGAAGAGCUCCACGAUGUUCUUCCAGAGAAGUCACCAAUAUCUUUUGGGGAUGUCUCUCUGCUUAUGCUUAUUAAAGAGGCCAAAGACUCUGUCCUUUCACUGAAAGAUGAAGGAGAGCAGUAUGCAGCCUUGGCCAGGUUGGUGAGUGAGGCCAUGGGUGGAGCAGUGCCUCGGGAAAGGCUGCACGAAUUAAGCUGGAUGCUGCACCAAAGUGAGCUCAGGUUUCAACUCAAGUCGAAUGUUCUUCCCAUUGGUAUGAUAAACAAGGGAACUUACUGCCACAGAGCGUUUCUCUUCAAGUGUCUUGCCGAUACCAUCGGAAAGAGAUGCAGUCUUGUUCGUGGUGAUUACAAUCGAGCCUGGAAUGAAGUUAUAAUCUUCAUUGAUUACUAUAAAAAUCCAAGGUUUUCGGUGCCGUGUCGGUACAUCGUGGACCUUAUGCAUCAGCCUGGAACCUUACUUCCAAUUGAUUCCCCGGCUGCUCAGCAGUAUCAGACUAUAUAGUUUCAACCUGUUUCACAUACUUGUACAAAAUUUCAAUAUAUAUUAACCAAAUGAGAGAACCCUGUCCUAAGAAUAAGCUAUAAGUUACCUCUUCUACCUGUUAUUUUUUGUUUGGCUUUGCAAGGGUUAGCCAAACUGAUAUUUGUUUUAAUCAGAUCAGACGUUCUUUUAUUCUGACAUGCAGAUUCAGGAUGUAGAAAUAAAUCCAGAUCACCUCCUGAGUGUUUGUUGUUCAUUGAAAAUGCAUCCUGAAUUGUGGUCUUACCUCAAUUCCUUCCCACUGAAGCAUUUUCUUGACAGAAAGCAGCAGCUCCCUCAGAACAGGUUCUUCUUUUUUUUUUUUUUUUCUUUUUUUUUUUUUUGCACAAUUCCCUGCAAAAAAGCGGGUGAACUGAGUCCAGAUGUGCCCAUUAAGGUGAUGGUUUGAUUUUUGACCUGGAAGACCAGUGUGAACUCGUUGCAGCAUGAAAGAUCCCACCGUAACAGGAGCUCUUGGCUCCACUGAAGGCUGUGCAGAGACCUUUGGCGGAGCAGGGGCUCAAAGUUAAAAAUGGGCACAUUGACAAAUUAUAAAGCACCACACAACAACAUAGCAGCUAAUCAAAAAUUGUAUUGGAUCCUACUAUAUCAUUGCCAUCAUGUGGGUUCAAUAGAACGCAAAUGUAGUAUAUUUUCCCCAGCAGGUAUAAUGUUGCUGUUUCUGCUGCUGACAAUCCUGGAGGGCUGAGCUGGUCUGAGAUAAUCGCUGUUAAACAGACCAGAGGAGAGAAGGUCAAAGGUUAUGAAUUUUACUAAUUAAGUCCUAAUAAUAUCCAUUUAACCUCAAGAACAACUUGGCUGCAGAAUUUUUGUAGAUCAAAAAAGCUCAAAGGGUUUCACAAUGUAAUUUUUGUUAGCACCUCUGAGAUCUAGAAUUGCAAGACUGGGAUAUCGAGGCAAAUAAAACUCAGUAGCUGCGUCCAGGGGCGCACCAGACAUUCAGGGGCCCCAGAAAUUGUUUAAUUGUAACACAGACCAUAGAUCUAAACCUGUAAUUUUCAUUUAUAGAGAAU